AUGAACAUGGCUUCCUGCCACAGCAGCACCAGGAGACUAAGACGGUGUCCAGUCAGUGACCAGCCUCUGGAUAAUUGUGUGGAUGGCGAUCAAGGUCGCCUGGUGGGUGCUCUGGACGCGGUGCUGGAUUCCAACGCACGGGUGGCUCCGUUUCGAAUCCUGCUUCAAGUUCCUGGCUCCCAGGUGUAUUCUCCCAUAGCAUGUGGCGCGACCUUAGAAGAAAUAAGCCAGCACUGGGACUGGCUGGAGCAGAACCUCCUGCACACGCUGUCCGUCUUUGACAACAAGGAGGACAUCGCGAGCUUCGUAAAAGGGAAAGUCAAGGCGCUGAUUGCGGAGGAGACCAGCAGCAAGCUGGCGGAGCAGGAAGAGGAGCCCGAGAAGUUCCGAGACGCCUUGGUAAAGUUCGAGGCCAGGUUUAACUUCCCGGAGGCAGAGAAGCUGAUCACCUACUACUCCUGCUGCUGUUGGAAGGGCAGGGUGCCCCGCCAAGGCUGGCUCUAUCUCAGCAUCAACCACCUCUGCUUCUACUCCUUCUUCCUGGGCAAGGAACUCAAACUGAUCAUCCCGUGGGCCGAUAUCUACAAGGUAGAGAGGACGUCCAACGUCUUUCUGACGGACACCAUCCGGAUCACCACGCGGAACAAGGAGCGCGACUUCUCCAUGUUCCUCAGCCUCGACGAGGUGUUCAAGAUCAUGGAGCAGCUGGCGGACGUGACGCUCCGGAGGCUGCUGGACAAUGAGCUCUUCGACCUUGACCCCGAUCUGCAGGAGCCCAGCCAGAUCACCAAGCGGGAUCUUGAAGCUAGAGCACAGAAGGAGUUCUUCCGGGCGUUCUUCAGGUUGCCAAGGAAGGAGAAGCUGCACGUGGUCAUGGCCUGUUCCCUGUGGACGCCGUUUAGCCGCUGUCACACUGCGGGGCAGAUGUUUACCUCUGACAGCUACAUCUGCUUUGCUAGCAAAGAAGACGGCUGCUGUAACGUGGUCCUCCCACUCAGAGAGGUAGUGAGCAUUGAGAAGGUGGAGGACACCAGCCUGCUGCCCAACCCCAUCAUUGUCAGCAUCAGGAGCAAGAUGGCCUUCCAGUUCAUCGAGCUCAAGGAUCGAGACAGCCUGGUGGAGAGUCUCCUGGUGAGGCUGAAGCAGGUUCAUGCCAACCAUCCCGUGCAUUAUGACAGCUCAGGAAAUGAAGAUAUGGCUUCGCCGGUGUUCCCCUCCACAAGCAUGUGCAGCGACCACAGGUUUGGGAAGCUGGAGAUGGUGUCUUCUGAAAACAGGGAGGACCGGGACAAAGAGACGAGCCCACUGCUCAACCCUGAGGCCCUGAUAGCCAUCUUCCAGCAGUCGGGCAGCCAGAGCCCCGACGCGCGGAUGUCCAGAGAACAGAUCAAAAUAAACCUGUGGAACGACCACUUCGUGGAAUACGGCAGAACUGUGUGCAUGUUUCGCACAGAAAAGAUCCGGAAGCUUGUAGCCAUGGGGAUCCCCGAAUCUUUACGUGGCCGACUCUGGCUCCUUUUCUCGGAUGCCAUCACAGACCUGGCCUCGCACCCCGGGUACUAUGGGAACCUGGUAGAGGAGUCCAUGGGGAAGUGCUGCCUGGUGACCGAGGAGAUUGAACGCGACCUGCACCGCUCCUUACCGGAGCACCCUGCCUUCCAAAACGAGACAGGGAUCGCCGCCCUGAGGAGAGUGCUGACAGCCUACGCCCACCGGAACCCCAAAAUUGGAUACUGCCAGUCCAUGAACAUCCUGACGUCAGUGCUGCUGCUCUAUGCCAAAGAGGAAGAAGCCUUCUGGUUGCUGGUUGCUGUGUGUGAGCGGAUGUUGCCCGACUACUUCAACCACCGAGUGAUAGGGGCUCAGGUGGACCAGUCUGUCUUUGAGGAGCUCAUCAGGGAGCACCUCCCGGAGCUGGCUGAGCACAUGAAGGACCUCUCCGCCCUGGCCUCCGUGUCUCUCUCGUGGUUCCUGACCCUGUUCCUCAGCAUCAUGCCCUUGGAGAGUGCGGUCAAUGUCGUAGACUGCUUCUUCUACGAUGGGAUCAGAGCCAUCUUCCAGCUGGGGCUGGCGGUGCUCGAUGCCAACGCCGAGGACCUGUGCAGCAGCAAGGACGACGGGCAGGCCUUGAUGAUCCUCAGUCGGUUUCUAGACCACAUUAAGAACGAGGAGAGCCCCGGGCCCUCGGUUGGCAGCUACCACGCCUUCUUCUCCGACGACCAGGAGCCCUACCCCGUCACCGACAUCGCUGACUUGAUCCGGGACUCCUACGAGAAAUUCGGAGACCAGUCUGUGGAGCAGAUAGAGCACCUGCGUUGCAAGCACAGGAUCCGAGUUCUCCAAGGCCACGAGGACACCACCAGGCAGAACGUGCUCCGCGUUGUCAUCCCAGAAGUCUCUCUUCUUCCUGAAGACUUAGAAGAGCUGUACAACUUAUUCAAGAGAGAGCACCUGAUGAGCUGCUACUGGGAGCAGCCCAGCCCCGUGCUUCAGCGCCACGACCCCAGCAGGCCCUACGCAGAGCAGUACCGCAUAGACCCCCAGCAGUUUGCCAGCCUGUUUAAGCUCGUCUCGCCAUGGACCUGCGGGGCCCACACGAAGAUCCUUGCAGAGAGGACCUUCCGGCUCCUGGAUGACAACAUGGACCAUCUCAUCGAGUUCAAGGGCUUUGUUGGCUGCCUAGAUACCAUGUACAAUGGAGAAAUGAACGAAAAAAUAAAACUGCUCUAUAGGCUUCAUAUUCCUCCAGCCCUCACUGAAAAUGACCAAGACAGCCAGUCACCACUGAAGAGCCCUCUGUUGUCGACAUCUAGACCCCUGGUUUUUGGGAAAUCAAACGGUGAUGCAACUGACUACCAGAAGCAGCUAAAGCAGAUGAUUAAGGAUUUAGCCAAAGAAAAAGAUAAAACUGAGAAAGAGCUACCCAAAAUGAGCCAGAGAGAAUUUAUCCAGUUCUGCAAAACCCUGUACAGCAUGUUCCACGAAGAUCCAGAAGAAAACGAGCUCUAUCAAGCCAUCGCCACGGUGACCACACUCCUGCUCCAGAUAGGGGAAGUGGGGCAGCGCAGCAGCAGCUCUGGGAGCUGCUCCCAGGAAGGCGGGGAGGACCUGCAGGUUUCAGCGCCUUCUCCUGACCAGGACUCUGUCUUUGCCCCUGCUGACAAGGGGACUGCUCCCCAGGACUCCCACGUGUUCCCUGAGGCAGGAAGAGAAGGGGAUUGGACUGUCUCUCUUGAACAUAUUUUAGCAUCACUUCUGACGGAACAGUCUUUAGUCAACUUCUUUGAGAAGCCACUAGAAAUGAAAUCCAAACUUGAAAAUGCGAAGAUCAAUCAGUAUAGUCUCAAAACUGGGGAAAUGGGCCGCCAAUCUCAGCCUGAACUCAAACUGAGCAACCUGUAGCGGUGGAGUACACUGGAGCCACCAUACCAAAGCCAGGCCAAGGCCAUUCCUCAGGCUGUGAGCCCUAAAAUCCAGACUCUAGACUAGUUCCCUUGGAGUGAAACCAGGUAUCUGGAUAAAGCAAUCCAGCAGGUGGAACUGCGGCCAGAAAUAUACAGCCUCCACAUCUCUAUUUAUUCAAGAACAUCCUCUGGGCCUUGUCCAUGCUACAGGGUCUCUCUCACACAGCCAUGCACUCACCGCUGGGGCUUGGCAAGGCCACUGUCAGGUUUGUUUGUGAUGUUGCCUGAAGCCGGGUCUGGUUUGUCAGACUUGAGACAAGCUCCGGGCUCUUUCUACACUUGGAAUGAUGGGUGAGGUUUGUUCUCAAGGUCUAAGAGCCACUACCUGUGCAAUUGUAUUUGGCUUUUUUUCUUUUGCACUAAGUUGUUUCAAUGCUGGUAAUUGAAACCAUUUUAAUAUAUUUGGUUCUUUUCACUUUGUAUGUCCUUCCAAAAAUGUUGUGUACAAAUCAAGCUUUCCAUGUUGGCUUCAAAUUUUGUAAAAAGAACUUUUUCUAUUGA